AUGGAACACCACCACGUGCACGAGACCGCGGCGUGGAGGUCGGAGUCCACGAAGGAGCUGAGCCACCUCUGGGAUCUUCGCAUGGCCGCCGCAUUCGCUCUGGGUUCGGCCACGGUCGUGACCCACGGCGUGGUGACCAGGCGACGCAGGCGCGCGCUCCAGGCGGAGGAUGACGGGGGUGACGACAGCGCCUACGAAGCCGAUCGUGUGGAGCGCGCGUCACUCGUCUCGGGCGGAUCGUCCCUCGCGCUCAAGGAUCUCGGCGUUCCCGAGGGUGCGCGAUCGGAUGAGAAAGUUCCGCCAAGCGCGCCUCGAACCCUCGCAUCUCGCGCGCGCGGUGCGAUGUUCGCGAUCGUAUCCGCCCUGUCGACGACACCUCAUGUCGUCAAGCUCGUCGACAUCGCGCUCUUCGCGUCCAUCGCGUGGGGAAUCAUGUACGUCGGCCACGACAAGCUCUGCGGAGUGGUCAUGCGGUGCGAGUGCAAUUUCCCGUGGGCCGGCGGGUGGUCGCGUUGCAACGCCCACAACUCGGUGGGCGGCCCGAGGUGCCCGUGGUGCACGGCCCCGUACUGGGUCAGCGUCCUGACGCAGAAAUCGUGCGCGAUCGUGAUGAUCCUCGCGUACGCGGUGGGAUUUGGCGCCGCCUCGAACACUCCGAACCGGGCGGCUAGUAGUUGUGCCAGCUGUGUCGACGCUAGUCGCGCCAGCUGUGUCGCCACGUCGCGCUCCGGGAGCUGCGUCGACGGGUGCGUCGACGGGUGCGGCUCGUCCGCGCCGUUGCUGUUCGCGGUGGCGCGAUGCUGCGAGGGGUUGACAACAUCGCGGGAUCUGCGUCGUCGCGAGGAGGGGCGCGAAGCCAUCGUCGGCGACUCGUCGGACAAGGACACGGGCUCGGGCUCGGGCGAAGACACGGGCUCGGGCUCGGGCUCGGGCGAAGCUUCCGGGAAGCGUCGCUCGGCGACGUCGGCGCUCGUCCGCAGGAUCGUCGUCGCGUUCGCCGUGUGGUUCUGCGUCGAGAUGUUCUGGCAGGCGUUGUUCUGGCUCUGGCUGGGCGCCGCGCAGGAUCCGGUUUACCCGUGCUUUUUGAUUUGCUGGGACUCGCCUUCGAGGCCCGGGAACAACCCUCCGUCCCCCCUGUCCAUGGCGGACGCUCCGCCCAUGCGACGGUUUUACGACGACGUCAUGAGCCUCGGGUGA